AUGUCCUUCAGACCAGGUAGUAGAGGUGGUUCCCGUGGUGGGUUUGGCGGCGGCCGUGGUGGAUUCGGUGGUGGCCGUGGUGGAUCCCGUGGUGGGUUCGGUGGCCGCGGCGGUGGCCGUGGUGGCUCUCGUGGUGGGUUCGGUGGCCGUGGCGGUGGCCGUGGUGGCUCUCGUGGUGGGUUUGGUGACCGUGGUGGUCGCGGUGGUGCCCGUGGCGGCCGUGGGGGUGCCCGUGGUGGCGCCGCUGGUGGGUCCCGUGGUGGCGCCAAGGUUGUCCUUGAGCCACACAAGCAUGCAGGUGUCUUCAUUGCCAGAGGUAAAGAGGAUCUGCUUGUGACCAAGAACAUGGCCCCAGGUGAGUCUGUGUACGGUGAGAAGAGAAUCUCUGUGGAGGAACCAUCGAAGGAGGAUGGUGUCCCACCAACGAAGGUCGAAUACCGUGUCUGGAACCCCUUCAGAUCUAAGCUUGCUGCUGGUAUUAUGGGUGGUUUGGACGAGUUGUUCAUUGCUCCAGGUAAGAAAGUGUUGUACUUGGGUGCUGCCUCCGGUACCUCUGUGUCUCACGUCUCCGAUGUUGUUGGCCCCGAAGGUGUUGUGUACGCCGUCGAGUUCUCUCACAGACCAGGUAGAGAGUUGAUCUCGAUGGCCAAGAAGAGACCCAACGUGAUCCCUAUCAUUGAAGACGCUAGACACCCACAGAAAUACAGAAUGCUAGUUGGCAUGGUCGAUUGUGUCUUUGCCGAUGUUGCCCAACCGGAUCAAGCCCGUAUCAUUGCAUUGAACUCGCACAUGUUCUUGAAGGAUCAAGGUGGUGUUGUCAUCUCCAUCAAGGCCAACUGUAUCGACUCCACCGUGGACGCAGAGACCGUGUUCGCUAGGGAAGUGCAGAAACUGCGUGAGGAGAAGAUAAAGCCAUUGGAACAAUUGACUUUGGAACCUUACGAAAGAGACCAUUGUAUCGUCGUUGGCAGAUACAUGAGAAGUGGGUUGAAGAAAUAA